AUGGACUCUCGUUAUUUUGAAUAUAGUGUCACAGGUACCGAUUUAUCCUACUCUUCACAUCCUACAUUCUCCUCCAUACCCACAAGGCUCUCCGAAUCCUUAAAAUUCGGUUUUAGAAACUCGCCGAAUUCACCCUUUUCCACCCAUUUCGAGACCGACACUCUCACUGUAUUGGCUGACACAUUUGAGCACCAAAGUUCGGCCGACAAUCUUUCCACUGCCACUCCUUCCUGUAACUCUUCCCUGUAUUACCUCCCAAAUGAAAACACCAAUCAGAACAUAAGAACCCGUCUCCUCGAACUGGAAAAUGUCCUUAUGGCUCCGGAUGCAGAAGAAGACAUGACUACAACAUCAGACCCAUUUCUAGGUGAAAGCAGACAGUCUCCAUCUCAAACACCCGGCGGGGGGCCUUCACGAACAUGGGCCCGCGAAACCUCAUAUGGGUCCCACUCCCGUCAAUCUGAAUCACCCUGUGAAUCUCAACAUGGCAGCACCUCUUUCAAUCAAGUCCGCGUCGAGAUGGUUCCUCCGAACAACCUCAAACAGCUCUUGAUUGCAUGCGCGCGGGCCCUCUACGAGAACAAUCUCGACGAAUUCGAGCGGCUGGUCGAGCGGGCUCGCUCGUCCGUGUCCAUCAGCGGGGAGCCAAUCCAGCGCCUGGGAGCUUACCUAGUCGAGAGCCUAGUCGCACGCAGGGAGUCGUCCGGGACUAAUAUAUACCGGGCCCUCAAAUGCAACCAGCCAGACAGCAAGGACCUUCUCUCGUACAUGCACAUCCUGUACGAGGUCUGCCCAUACCUGAAAUUCGGGUACAUGGCUGCUAACGGAGCCAUAGCCGAAGCCUGCAAGGGUGCAGACAGAAUCCACAUAGUCGAUUUCCAGAUCGCGCAGGGGACACAGUGGAUAACUCUGCUUCAAGCCCUCGCGGCCCGACCCGGUGGCCCGCCUCGGGUCCGAAUCACUGGGAUUGACGACCCUGUCUCGAAGUACGCACGUGGGGACGGGCUGGCGGCUGUCGGGCGGCGCCUGGGGGCAGUCUCCGAGAAGUUUGGGAUCCCGGUCGAGUUCCUCCCGGUUCCUGUUUUCGCCUCGGACGUGACGCGGGCCGUGCUCGACGUUAGGCCCGGUGAGGCCCUGGCGGUGAAUUUCCCGCUGCAGCUGCACCACACGCCGGACGAGAGCGUGGACGUGUCGAACCCGAGAGACGGGCUUUUACGAAUGGUGAAGUCGCUGUCGCCGAGAGUGGUGACUCUGGUCGAGCAGGAGUCAAACACGAACACGGCACCGUUCUUGCCGAGGUUUGUGGAGACGUUGGAUUAUUACUCGGCCAUGUUCGAGUCGAUCGAUGUUACGAUGGCGCGUGAUAGUAAGGAGAGGAUAAACGUGGAGCAGCAGUGCCUGGCGAGGGAUAUAGUGAACAUUGUGGCGUGUGAGGGGAAGGAGAGGGUCGAGAGGCAUGAGCUGUUUGGGAAGUGGAGGCUGAGGCUCAUGAUGGCGGGGUUCCAGCAGUUUCCGCUGAGCUCUUACGUGAACUCGGUGAUUAGGGGUUUGCUGAGGUGUUACUCGGAGCAUUACACCCUGGUGGAGAAGGAUGGGGCUAUGCUGUUGGGGUGGAAGGAGAGGAAUUUGGUGUCGGCGUCUGCUUGGCGCUGA